UUUUUUGUCUCACUCUUACAAAUAACAUGGAGGUAGUGGUUUGAGCGCAGUUCAAUUUUUCUUUGUUUACGUGUCGAAUUCGUUUAACGAUCAGAAAUAUAGGAAAAUAUUGUACGGUUUAUGGAAUUUAUUCAAAGUGAUCCUCACAUUCGAUUGUAUUGAACUGUAUGAAAUGAAUAACGGAGAAGUUGGAGGGCCUAGAGGCAGAGGCCGCGGUUGGCAGCAGCCUGAAAAUCAGCCACGGGAGCUUCGCCGGCCUAGGAUCGUUACCGAGGAUGCGAAAGCUGAACCUCCUAAAAUCGAAUCCAACUUGUCGGCGGAGGCUAAGGAAUGGUACCCACCCAAUUACAACCCUCAAUCGGUGCCAGCCUAUGCACCAGAUCCGGCCCCCUACCGGCCACACCGCUUCUCUGUACAAGACCGUCUGCGGCAAGCACAAGAUCAGAACCCGUACAACUUUGAUGAUAUGUCAUAUUCCCUUGAAGAACAAGAGAACAUGGAUUUGCGGGAGAACAUUGCCAACCUGAUUACUGUUAUGUGUGAGAUAACAUUUGACCCCGGCAAGUUCGACACCCUGUGUGGUCCUUUGGUGGACUCCUUUGCUCAUAUGCUUCAUGAUGCCAACUACACCAGGGCCUUGGUUGAAGCUAUUGUUAAUCAGUCGAUCGGCGAGUCGAACUUCCGUUACAACGGCGCGCGCCUCUGCUCGAUGUACGACUCGGUGGCGGCGCCCGAGGAGUCCACGUUCCGCGUGUGCCUGCUGGAGAGGUGCUCCACGGAGGAGAACAAGAUCAUCAGCGGCGUGGAGACCUCGGAGGAGAACAUGCGCGGGUUCGCUAUGUUCCUGGCGGAGAUCUACACGCAACUUGAAGAUAGCCAGGGUGGAAGAAUCAAGACUUUGGGAGAGAGCCUCUGUAAGGUCUUGCUCCACCUUUUGGAUACUGACAAAGAUACCAACAUCAAAUCUGUAUGUCAACUUCUCAAGCUGUCCGGCAUAGCGCUGGACGCGGACUGCCCGACGGGCAUGCACGCGGCGUUCGAGCGGCUGAAGCGGCGCGCGCAACUGCCCUGCGUGCGCGCCGUCGUGGCCCUGCGCGGCGCGCGCUGGGGGCUGGCCGAGCGCGAGCCCGAGCCGCUGCCCGCGCCCGCGCCCGCGCCCGCGCCCGCCGCGCGCCGGCAAGGUCAGUGCACCCUGGUGUUGUGUAGUGUAGCGGCGCGCGCUGGGGGCUGGCCGAGCGCGAGCCCGAGCCGCUGCCCGCGCCCGCGCCCGCGCCCGCGCCCGCCGCGCGCCGGCAAGUGUAGCGGCGCGCGCUGGGGGCUGGCCGAGCGCGAGCCCGAGCCGCUGCCCGCGCCCGCGCCCGCGCCCGCCGCGCGCCGGCAAGGUCAGUGCACCCUGGUGUUGUGUAGUGUAGCGGCGCGCGCUGGGGGCUGGCCGAGCGCGAGCCCGAGCCGCUGCCCGCGCCCGCGCCCGUGCCCGCCGCGCGCCGGCAAGUGUAGCGGCGCGCGCUGGGGGCUGGCCGAGCGCGAGCCCGAGCCGCUGCCCGCGCCCGCGCCCGUGCCCGCCGCGCGCCGGCAAGGUCAGUGCACCCUGGUGUUGUGUAGUGUAGCGGCGCGCGCUGGGGGCUGGCCGAGCGCGAGCCCGAGCCGCUGCCCGCGCCCGCGCCCGCGCCCGUGCCCGCCGCGCGCCGGCAAGUGUAGCGGCGCGCGCUGGGGGCUGGCCGAGCGCGAGCCCGAGCCGCUGCCCGCGCCCGCGCCCGCGCCCGCCGCGCGCCGGCAAGCCAACGGCGAGGUGGAGGACGGCGGCUACCUGGCGGACGGGCACACGCUGACGGCCGAGGAGUGCGCCUUCCUGCAGAGCAACCUGCCGCCCGGCAAGAGCGCCGCGCUCGACGACGACAUACUCGAGGAGCUGGAAAAUGAAGCAUGGGACACGGGGAUGGACGCGGAGAUGCAAGCUGGUUUUCUGGAGUUCUUGAAGAUGUCCAACCAGAUCAAGCGAUAGCCCUGCGCCGCCGCACGCGCCCCGGCCUCGCGGGGAACAGACCAAACUGCGUCUUCUGUACUCUAGGACAAUGAACAAAAACUAUAAAAAAAAUACAAAAAUAACUAUAAAAUAAUAUAAAAAGAUAUAUGGCGAGUGACCAAAUUGGUGACCACUCUAUGAUGAAAGAUGAUGCAUGAGAAUGACUGAGACUUAUGGGUUGGGCUGAGCGAUAAAUGAUUACCUCUAAAUUGAGCAAUAAAAUGGCGAAUGAGAUGCUCGGAUUGUUAAUACUUAGAGCCCGAUUUGUUGCGACUGGAAGGGACUAUGUAGAUAUUAAUGAAAUGAAAGAUUAUUAGAGAUACUAUUUUCAAUGUUAGUCAAUGAUAACAUCCUGCCGGUGAAGUAUCUUGUGUACCCGUUUUUAAUUUUAGAGUGGUUUGGCAUUUGAACAUUAUUGAUUAAGAGCUUUUAUUAAAAUUCCACAUCUAGCCCCCCUUAGUGUUAUCUCCUAUAAGUCAUUGUUUCCAUAUUUUUAUUAAACAUUUUGGUCUGUUGUUCCGGGAGGAUUCAAAUGUGUUUACGUAUAAAACAUGUAAUGUUUUGAUAAUUUUCGUAAAUGUAUUUCAGAUUCAGUUUUAUUUUUUCAAUAUCUUUGAGCAUUUCCCAGUGUUUAUUCGUUUGUCUAUGCUAUAAUUUAAUUAUACGUAAACACUAAAAUUAUUUAAAGUCUAUGGACUAAAUGUAAACAAGUAAACAGUGAAGAUGUUUUCUUUAAUAAUAAUUGUCAACAUAUUGACAAAGGUGCAUUAUAUAACUUGACUGUGUUUACUGCUGUUGUAAAUAUUUUGUCGUCUCCCACCAUUCAAGAAGGCCAUAUUUGCGAGCCAUGUUGCUUCUUGUUUACAUUUCGUCUGCGUAUGUUUAGUGAUCUCAUGAUUUUUUAUUGUCAUUUGUCUUUCUAUUACAUAAUAAAGAGGCAAUAUAAACAAGAAUUUGGACUUCGUUAACAAUUAUUAAUAUAAUAUGUUAUGAAAAAAGUCUGAAUCAAACGGCACAUUGAUAUUUUUCAAACUUCCAUUCCAUUGUGAAAUGCUAAUUGAAAAAUAUUACUAAUUUAAAAUGCGUGGAAGGCUGACUUUUAAUAAUUUAUUUAUACUUACUUGUACUUGAAUCAAACGUCUAUACAUAAUACAUGCAAUGCAAUAUAAUUUUAAAAUCUCGAAUGAUAUUGAACAAUUCCAUGGACUUGGUAUAAUGCGUGUGAGGUUUCUAGCACAAACGUUUCGUUCGUCACUUGCAACGCGCCCUGACGCCCGCAGGCUGGACUGGAUGUCUUCAAAGCAACUUGCGAAAAUGCCAAAUUUGUUACAAUUUAUGUUGAACUUUGUUGUGAUUACAUUUGCCUAUUGAAGUGAGUGAGAGAGUGAUAGUGGCCUUGAGUGCGAAAUGGGUUUUAAUUAAUGACCUAAUUGCUGGUUAACAAUAAUAAUAAUAGUGUUCUCUAUAGUGCUAAUAGACAUUCACAUAGCAAUAACAUAAACUUAUGCUAAACUAAGUACAUUCACGAUCCAUGUUGAUAUUAUUGAGCGCUCCUAAUACGAUUUUUUGAAUAUAUUUAUGCAAUACCGGAUUUAUUUAUUUGAAGCAAUUAGGAAAAUGUUUAUAAUAUUCCAUUGUAUUUUUGUUGCAGUGAUAUUACGAAUGUUAUAAGAAUAAAUGGAUAUUUUAAUAAAAGUCAUUUAAAUAA